AUGAUCAUUCCUGUCACUAGGCAAUCAUCAUCAGUAGCUGGUCUUGGUCGAAUCGACUGCUAUCCUGAGGCCGAAGCAAAAUAUUCUAAUUUCUCAAAAGAAGCCUGUUUAGCACGCCACUGUCUGUUUGAUGAUACUGUUAAUUUAAGUGGUAUUCCAUGUUAUUUUCAACCUAAUUAUGGUUACUUAUUGCAAGGAAAUGAAGAACAAAUAGAAAAUGGAAAACGACUACGUCUAAAGCGCAAUGAGGCAGUGACUAGUCCAUUUCCAGAACCGAUCGAGAAUAUCAUACUUGAUGUUCAAUAUUAUACCGACGAUAUCAUUAGAUUCAAAUUAUACGAUGCUGAUCAUCAGCGAUACGAAGUACCAGUUCCAUUAAAAGCCUCUACCGGUCAAACUACAUCAGCUCAGUACGAGUUCAUUUAUUCAUCUAAUAGUUCUAAUGACAAUAUUCUAUCAUUUGCGAUCAAACGUCGUGUAAAUCAAACAACUCUGUUCGAUACAUCCAUCGGUGGUCUUGUACUUAACAAUCAAUUUCUUCAAAUCGUCUCUCGACUUCAAUCACCACAUGUGUAUGGAUUCGGAGAGAAUAAUCAUUUGACACUCAAACAUAAUGUUUCUACGCGUCAAAUAUGGGGCAUUUUCGGUCGAGAUCAAGCUACUACUUGGAAUACAAAUGCAAAUCAUUAUGGAACACAUCCCUUCUACCUUGUGAUGGAACAAAUACCCAAUUCAAAUGAAACACCAUCAGGUCAGAUGCACGGUGUUCUUUUGCUCAAUUCUAAUGCAAUGGAUUAUUCGUUCGGACCUGAUCCAUCAGUUACUAUCCGUACUAUUGGGGGUAUUCUCGAUUUUUUCGUUUUUCUGGGUCCUGCACCCGAGCAAGUCAUUCAACAAUAUACUUGGCUGAUUGGUCGACCUGUAAUGCCACCAUAUUGGUCACUUGGCUUCCAUCUUUGCCGUUGGGGUUAUGGAAACUUGACACAUAUGCAAACAGUGAACCAACGAAAUCGAGAUGCAGGUGUUCCAAUCGAUGUUCAAUAUGCUGAUAUUGAUUAUAUGGAUGCAAAUAAAAUAUUCACAAUCGAUCCUAUUAAUUAUCGUGGUUUGAGAGAAUACUUUUUACAACUGAAUACUAAUGGCAUAAGAAUUAUUAUCAUGUUGGAUCCGUUCACGAUCGAUGAUCAAAAGUACUACACUCCAGCUAUUGAAGGGAUCAAACAGGAUGUUUUUAUUAAAUGGGAAAAUGGAUCUUUAAUGAAAGGUGCUUGUUGGCCAGGUGAAGUUUUCUCUCCAGAUUUUUUUACUAAUCGAACACACAUCUGGUGGGCACAAAUGAUCACAGAUUUUCGUCGUGUUAACUUAACUUUUGAUGGAGUUUGGCUCGAUAUGAAUGAGCCGGCUAUGUUCGGUACGAAUGAGGAUGCACCAUGGAAUUGGAAUAUAACUAGAAGCAAUUAUACAUUAAAAUGUCCGCGAAGCACUUGGGAUGAUCCACCUUAUCGUACGAAAGCUGCAUUUCGUUACGAUGAAUCAGUGAAUCGAACUUCACGUCUCUCCGAUCGUACUCUUUGUAUGUCUGCUAUACAGGGUGAAAUUGAUUCAAAGACAGGCAAAGCGAUGUAUCGUCAUUAUGAUGUACACAGUCUCUAUGGAUGGAGUCAAACAAAACCUACAUUAGAUAUAAUACGAUCACUCACUGGACAACGAAGUUUACUAUUACCUCGUUCGACUUUUGUUGGUUCUGGCCAAUGGAGUGCUCAUUGGCUGGGUGAUAAUGCAGCACUAUGGAGUGAAAUGAAAUUAUCAUUAAUUGGAUUAGUUGAAUUUAAUUGGUUCGGUAUUCCGAUGGUCGGUGCAGAUAUUUGUGGUUUUGAUCAAAUUCCUACACAAGAAAUGUGUAUACGAUGGCAACAAGUCGGUGCUUUUUAUCCACUCGCACGAAAUCAUAAUAUCUGGAAAUUACCUGAUCAAGAUCCGGGUGCAUGGGAACCUUCAGCCACAGCUAUUAUGGUUUCUGCUUUGCGCAUUCGAUACACACUUCUUCCUCAUUAUUAUACAUUAUUUCACAAAGCUCACACACAAGGUUCCACUGUUAUUCGACCAUUAUUUCACGAAUAUCCCACAGAUAAGAUAACACUCGAUAUCUAUUUACAAUUUCUAGUUGGAUCUCAUAUUAUGAUAGCACCCGUUACUGAUGAUGGGGUUAGAGAAGUUCAAGUCUAUAUUCCUGCAUCGAAAUGGUAUAAUUACUAUACAGGUGUUCCUGUCACUGUUCAAGCACAAUAUACUAUCUUACAAGCACCUUUGACUACGAUUCCGAUUUUGCUCCGAGGUGGAAUAAUCAUUCCUACUCAACUCUAUGCAAAUAAUACUAAAUAUUCGCGAAUGAAUCCAUUCAAUCUGAUCAUUGUAUUAGAUUCGAAUGGCAAUGCUGAAGGAGAUUUAUUCUAUGAUGACGGUGAAACAAUUGAUACGAUUGAAACAAACGCUUACUUUUAUGCAAUAUACAAAUGGUCAUCACAAUGUCGUCAACUAAAGAUUGAGAUCAUCAAAAAUAAUUAUGCUCCAAUGUCUAAUUUGAUCUUAAACUCGUUAACAUUCUACGGAUUAAGUGGAGUUUCAUCGAAUAUCAUAGUAAAUAGUAAACAAAUUCCAGUAAUUCAGAAAUCUCAGACACAAAUUAUGGAAGUUAUCGGAUUAGGAUUAUCCAUGAGCAAGAAUUACACAUUAAUGUGGCUGCAAAAAAAUGAAACAUGGUCUAGCAACGAUCAGAACAAUGCCGCAUGCAAUUGGAAAUCAACUUAUACUACAAAUCCUACUAGUAUAUCCCUAAGAAGUGAAAGUCCUUACACAAUAUAUUCGAAAAAUACAUUUUUUUGUUUUUUUAUUCUUUUCUUCUACAAUUUACUUCAUUGA